AAUCCCACCUUCUUCACUCCGUUUUAUUUAUGUGUGAAUAUUGUGGGGAAGAAAGGUUCUUUGGAAGCAAAGAUAAAGGACAAAAUGGUCAUGUUGGGGAACCCUACAGUUCACAUGAUGCUUAUUUUUCCUUCCCUAGUACUCUCUCUGGAUUUUGUAUCUACAGUAAAGAAAACCCAAAGACUGAUCAAUUUUGAUUAUAAAACUAUGGCCCAUGGUCUGGUGACGUUCUCAGAUGUGGCCAUAGACUUCUCUCAGGAGGAGUGGGCCUAUCUGGACUCCGCCCAGAGGGACCUGUACUGGGAGGUGAUGCUGGAGAACUACAGUAACUUGGUCUCACUGGAUUUGGAAUCACCAUAUGAGACCAAGAAUUUACCCAUAGAAAAGGACAUCUGUGAAAGAAAUUUUUCCAAACGAAACUCAAAUGGAAAAAGUAAAUCCCUUGGCCUUAACUGGAUAAGUGAAGGUGAGUUUGAAGGACCACAGGGCACUCGAGAGGGAUAUUUUAAUCAAACAAUUAUCAGCUAUGGGAAAGCUCCCACUUACAGAGAAAAUACAUCUGUGAGGCCUCAUCAGAGACUUCACAGUAGGGAGAAUUCCUACGAAUGCAAAGAGUGCGGGAAGGCCUUCAGUCGUGGCUACCAACUUACCCAGCACCAGAAAAUUCAUACUGGGGAGAAGCCCUAUGAAUGUAAGGAAUGUAAGAAGGCCUUUCGUUGGGGUAAUCAACUUACUCAACAUCAGAAAAUUCAUACUGGUGAGAAACCUUAUGAAUGUAAAGACUGUGGAAAAGCUUUUCGUUGGAGCUCAAGCCUCGUCAUUCAUAAGAGGAUUCAUACAGGUGAGAAGCCCUAUGAAUGCAAAGACUGUGGGAAGGCCUUCAGGCGUGGUGAUGAGCUCACUCAGCACCAGAGAUUCCAUACCGGUGAGAAAGACUACGAGUGCAAAGACUGUGGGAAGACCUUCAGCCGUGUGUAUAAAUUAAUUCAGCAUAAGAGAAUUCAUAGUGGCGAGAAGCCCUAUGAAUGUAAAGACUGUGGCAAGGCCUUCAUUUGUGGCUCGAGCCUCAUUCAGCACAAAAGAAUUCAUACUGGAGAGAAGCCCUAUGAGUGUCACGAGUGUGGGAAGGCCUUUACCCGUGUCAAUUAUCUUACUCAGCAUCAGAAAAUUCAUACUGGUGAGAAGCCUCAUGAAUGUAAGGAAUGUGGGAAGGCCUUUCGUUGGGGUUCGAGCCUUGUUAAACACGAGAGAAUCCACACAGGUGAAAAGCCAUAUAAAUGUAUGGAAUGUGGGAAGGCCUUUAACUGUGGCUAUCACCUUACUCAGCAUGAGCGAAUUCAUACUGGUGAAACACCUUAUAAGUGUAAGGUGUGUGGGAAAACCUUUAUUUAUGGGUCAAGCCUUGUUAAGCAUGAACGGAUUCACACAGGGGAGAAGCCCUAUGAGUGCAAAGAAUGUGGAAAGGCCUUUGGUCAUAGCCAUCAGCUUACACAGCAUCAGAAAACUCAUAUGGGUGGGAAACCCUCUGAAAGCAAGGAACACAGAAUAACACAUAAUCAUGCGAAACAUUUUAGAGACUCUCAGAGAUCACGUUGUUAAAAAAACCUUUUGAAUACAAAGAAUGUACAGAGGCUUCUCUACAACAUUAAUUUCUUCUCUCAUGAGAGAAGUUUGUGGUAUAAUUUGACAAAGGAAAGCCCUCAUUGGUCAGUCUUCUGCAUCUUUAAUAUCAGAAUCAUUGUGGAGGUGAAUUUGGAGGAUUGAGAAAUCAUUUUUUUUCAUGAUCACAACUUAGCAUAGACAGUUCUUUUAUAGGACAGGUUAAUAGAAGCUUUCUAGUACCCUUCAGUCCCUAUCACAUUUUGAUUCAUUCUGGAGAAUAACUGCUAAUAUAAGUGAGGGAACCUCUCAUGACAGCAAAUACUCCACCUUUUGUCAGUGUCCCACCUCUUACUCCCAUGAGUCACAAGUAGUUACCUGGUAGCCCUGUGUAUUUGUGAAAUGGAGAUCAGCAACAUCUACCCAAUACUGCACUUGUGGGACUGAAUGAAUUUGGUACAUGUAAACUUCCUGACAGUACG